CUCAACCCGAUGCGACCAAAAGCCUUCGACUUCGCAGCCGAGGCGGAGAGCGUUGUCGGGGAACUGAACGACAACUUCAGCUGUGACUCCCGACCAUACGGUUACUACGCCGACCAGAGCCACAAGUGCCAGGUCUUCCACAUCUGCAUGCCCGUUACCACCGCCACGGGCAGGACCCUGGAUACCUUCCAGUUCAGUUUCUUCUGUCCAAAUCAAACACGCUUCAGUCAGGACUCCCGAACGUGCAUCGACGAGGAGCGGGCGUUUCCCUGCCACAAGGCCCACACGCUCUACGAUCUCAACAAGAACAUUGGUAAGAGACCCGCCAAGAAGAAGAGGCCCGUUGACCCGAAGACAGCGGUAGUCGGCGCCCACAAGUUCAGUUCCUCAGUGAGUUCUGCUACAGAGGAAACUAAGUCUUCUUUUGACCCUCCUGAAGAAUUAGGCAACAUCGGGACUUCGUUUUCUUCACAGGUUAGCUCCAGAGAUCAUGGCCAUGAAGACUCGGGACUGAAUAUCGGCGCUGUAGUGAUACCUACUUCUCGCUCCACGUCUUCGUCUAGAUCUUCUGACGGUUCCUCAAGUUCUCCCACAAGUCAAAGAUCCUCAUCAUCACAGUUCUCGCUUAGCGCCAAAUCCAGCGAUCAGUCAAGCCAUCGAGCUGUAGGAUCGACACGAGCCGAAGUGAGCAAAUUCAAACCUGGGCAGUCUGAACAUGAACACGUGAGCAGCUCAAGGGGUGGCAGUCAGCAUACAACUCGCACCAGCUCCACCGAGCCAAUAUUACCUCCUGGCGCUCAGAUAUUCUCCACAGUAUCAAUACACAGCCAGAAUGCUCUCCCUGGUAGUGGUCAUACACAGGAUGACACGACUGGAAACGUUGGCACAUCUGCCACCACCAGAACACCUUUCUUCAGCUCGUCUUCACACAGUUCCUCAACCUUCUCCAGUUCCAGGACCUUAACAACGCCAGAACCGACACAGUUCUUUACUACCUCCAGUUAUCCGACAUUAAGAAGCUCAAAUGAUUCAACGGUGAACAAUUUGAGACCUUCUAGCCUCACUGGUUCCAUCCCAUUCUCCUCUGGAUUGGCUGCCAAUAGCAUCCAGGAAGCGUCAAUAGGUUUCACGCAACCAACCCCAAUAAAUGCCCACGCCUUGAUCACUGCCGCUCACACAGCUAAUUUUGGCUCGGAGCAAUCAGAAGGACGUUUAAACAACCAGGGUUCAUUGAUUACCCGCGUAGCAUCAGGUUCUGCAGCCGAGAACUUCGCUCAAACAGAUGGAAGGGCCCAAGGAUUGUCUGUGUCCUCAAGAGGAAGGACACAGUCCUCUACCUCAGGAUCAGUGAACUUCGACAGCUCUCACAUCUCGGCAGGAUCCAUUAAGCAAGGGUCUUCAGCUUUUUCAUUAGUCUCUUCAGGAAGCCUCGACGCGUCAAAAGAGGCUGUAACGCCGCAGCCAGCCAUAUUUAUAGGCCAGUCAGUUGCUCCAACACGGAAUCCAUCAUUUACCCAUCAACCAGCUUCUUCUACCCGUCAACCAGCCUCUCCUACUCAUCAACCAGCUAUCUCUACCCACCAACGAGCUUUCUCUACCCAUCAACAAGUCUCUCCUACCGUCCAACCAGCCUCUCCUGCCCACCAACCAGCUUCUACUCACCAACAUCUCACUCCCCGCCCAACUGGAGCACAACAACCCACAAGCUCCUCGCCCCGUCUCCAGAUACCGGGGUUCUCUGCUGAUGUGAUUAGUGCUGGAGGGGGAGUUCGUGGAUCAACAAACUUUCUAGGAUCUGGUGCUUCUGUGAGUGGUCAUGGAUCUGUAGACUUCCGUGGGUCUGAAAUCCAUGGAUCAACAAACUUUAGGGGAUCUGAUUCUUCAUCUGGUGUUCAUAGAUCAACAAACAACCAAGGAUCUGGUGCUUUAUCAGGAGUCCGAGGAUCAAUAGACUUCCAAGGUUCUGACUUUUCUCACAGCAGCCUUGGAUCAAACUUCCCAAAAUCUAGCACUUCAUUAGGUCAAAGAUCACAGAGCUCCCACGGGUUUGGUGUGUCUUCAUCAGCUCUUUCUCACUCACAAGAGUUUAACAGUGUUUCAGGCUUCUCUGAUGAAAGCCAUAAAUUUGAUUCCUCUGCCUUUAACAAUGGAGGAUUAUCAACAUCAUCCCGAAGAGGUGCAUCACGCACUGUAGGAUCCUCGCGUGGUACUUCUACUGAUGUAAGAGGAUCGUUAGGUUCUGGGAAUGACAAUGGAUUAACCACACCUUUAGCUAUACGUGGAUCUGUCACUCCUAGUGGAUUUAGAGGAUCAAUGCAGCACACAGUGGAAGAAGCACUCCCAGGUGGAAGUUCCCUAGCCUUCUCUAUGGAUAGAGGACCUGUAAAUGCUUUCACUGCAGCAGCGGCAGCAGAAGAAGCAACAGCUCGAGCUGCAGCAGCAGCAAUGGCUGCAGCCAACCGUGGCUCCUUGGUCUCUUCCAACACAAAAUCUAACUUUACUAUUACCCGAAAUCGUGGCAAGAAGAAGUUCCAACCAAGCCUUUACCUUAUACAGUCCUCAGACUGGUCAUUCCAAGCUUCCAAGGACGUUAGCAGUAACAUCCAAAGGGGAACUCAAAGACAUGUCAACACAAGAGGGGGAUCCGGUGUCUCGAGGGCAGUUUCUACCAACUCAGUAAACCGUGGAGCCUCACCUGUGAAUCAAAAGUCUUCUGGACCAGCAAGUCAAGCAGAGGAUUCAGUUGACACUUCCUCAAAAUUUGAAACAAAUACUGUGAGUUCCUUUUCACCAAGCGUGCAAAAUUUCCAAAACUUACCAGAAGCAAGUGGCCAAAAAAUUAGUUCUUCACGAGUCCCAGCAUUAUCUGAUACUCACGCAUUAAAUGGUUCUUCUAAGGUUCGAGGAUCAGCAUCAUUUUCAGAUACACAAAGGUCAAGUCCAUCUUCUAGAAUUCGUGGAUCAUCUCUAGCUUCAACAGCUUCUCAGACAUCUAGUGGAUUUUCAAAAGUACAAGGGUCUUCUAACGUCCAAGGAUCUAGUACCAUGCUACAUGGAUCAAAUGCCUCGUCAAGAGUCCAUGGGUCAUUAGGAUCCAUAAACACACAACAGUCAAACACUGAGGAGCAUGCUCAAGAAAACCUGAGGAGCAAUGAUUUCGGAGCCAAUUCAAUCAAUAGUUUCAGCAGAAACCGACUUACCAACAGGAUAAAAGAACCCAUACAAAGUGAAGAUUAUUAUACAACAACAGAAUUCGAGAGUGAAUUCACAACUGAAUCAAGCUUUGUGGAAGAUAAUGAAAACUUUGAUACGAUUCCCACCACAUAUAGACCAGACAUUUCAGUAUCUUUUGAUUCUAACCAAGCAGUUUCCAGUAGCAAGUCACGAGAGCUUACAUCUCGAGGCUCAAGUGGUUCCUUCGCGAGUAACUCACUGAGCUCAGUUCAGAACAGCAGAAGGCGAGGCCCAGGACGCGUGACGCCCUUGCCUGCUGUCUCUUCUCCAGUUCCGUUAACACCCGAAGAGUCACCAUAUGCUUCUGCAGCGACUAAUAUUCAGGUCUCAGAGCACACGCUACAGCACCACAUCAACACCUCACCAUCUAGGACUCGAAUCACUCCCACUGCCACCACUACUGCAGUGCCUGUACACGUAGGUGUGUCAACUCAAGUUGCCAGUCGUCGACGUGGGACAACCUCGAGGGGAACCCAAUCCCGAAAGCAGCUCAGCACUCAGUCAUCCUCACUGCCUGAAUCUCCCGAAAGUGAUGCCCAUGGGUCAGACACAGCGGCUGAACAUACUGAGGCUGGCCAGACCUCAAGUGCCAGGAAGGUUAUAAAGAAGAAGAUUGUCAUAAAUGGCCGCCCGGGUUCUCGUGGAAGCCAGGAACAAAGCAUUACUGAACCUUCUAUUGUAGCCAAUGAGUCCCAAGAUGAAGAGGCAAAAAAGCAUCGCUUAGCCUUGGAAGCCUUAGCAAAAUUUAAUCCUGCACUUGCCAAUGCUAGAAUUCUCUCAGUGAAAUUUACCAAAAACGUUAAGAGUAAUUCCGGGAAAAGUACAACAGAUAAUAUUACUAAGGAAACUGUUGGUGCAACAUCUUCAAUUGGAUCCUCCAGGUCGUUUGGAAAUCAAAGAGGAAACUCCGGGCGGAUCAAUGAUAUAGUUACGACAACACCCGCCACCACGACGCAGUCAGCGAGAGUGAGAUCUCCUAAGAGACUCAGACCCAUAACAGUCCAGCAAAAUACAGCAACAGUAACAACAACAACACCACCAACAACAGAAACUCCAUCACCUGUCACAACAACACAGUCAGCGAGAGAGAGAUCUUCUAGGAGAUUCAGACCCUUAACAGUUCGAGAUACAACUGUGAUUACAACAACAACCACAGAAGUCCCAACAUCUCUCACGACAACGCAGUCAUUGAGAGUGAGAUCUCCUAGGAGGUUCAGACCCUUAACAGUCGAACAAACCACAGCAUCAGCAACAACAGAAGCCGCGACACUUAUCACAACAACUCAGUCAUCGAGAGUGAGCUCUCGGGAGAGAGUCAGACAAUUAAGAUCCCAACAAACUUCAGCCACAGCAACAACAGAAGCCCCAAUACCUGUGACAACCAUCCCUACACCUUCACAAAGAAACAGAAAUAGUGGAAGAAGAACUACCACACGAAAGGAAAGUUUCAGUCAAGUUCAAAAUGGGGAAGCAACAACAGUAAUACCAACUCCGGUCUCCAGAUCCACUGACUCUUCUUCGAAACAAUUGCAGAGUCAAACAAGAAGAAAUGACAGAAUAGGGAAUACUUCAAGCAACCGCAGGAAGAUCCUGAAGAAGGUAACACCUAUAUCACAUGGAAGCAGCAGCCUUAAAGUUGUAAAGGUAGAUUCUGCAUCAUCAGCAGCAGCAGCAAUUUCCAGGUCAUCGACAGCAUCUGCUUCUUCGUCAUCUGACUCGGCCUUAUCUUCAUCGUCGAGCACAACAGAAAAAAAUGUUAGCGGCUCUCUUAAAAGCACCGGCAAUCCUCCGGAUCAGAGUCUUCGAGUAGUAGCAACGAGCAUUAAAUCCAGUGGGUCACAAGUAAGCAUCAAUGACAAUCCUGCAGUUCCCUCCACUUUCUCACUUUCUCCUAACGACUCUGGAAACAGCAGAAGCAACGAGAGAAGAGAUUCCAGACCAAACACCAGAGGUACAUCCAGGAAAACAUUAAACAACGCCGAAAAAGGCAUAGCAAGACCUACCCAUAACCCCUUGACGGACUCUGAACUGGAGGCUCUCUCAGCUCUGGCCAACGUGAGUACCAGCCUCGGGUCCUCAGUUCACAAAUCUGCUGGCAUUCUCCCCAAUAUCUUACCUGAGGCGGAAGUCGAGAGUAAAACCAGAAGAAUCAACUCUAGACGCACCAGACUUCAGACUUCCCGAGGCAGGUCAAGGACGCCCCAUAACUUAUAAGCGAAACUUGUGAUCAAUUCUUGACGCAACAGACUGCAGACUUCUCGAGGCAUGUUAGGGACUCGCCGUAACUCUAGACUUUAACCCAUUUGAUCAAUUCUUGACGCAACAGACUGCAGAGUUCUCGAGGCAUGUUAGGGACUCACCGUAACUCUAGACUUUAACCCAUGUGAUCAAUUCUUGACGCAACAGACUCUAGACUUUUUGAGGGAGGUCAAGGAUGCCCUCGACUCUAGAAGCUAAUCUUAGGAUCAAUGUAUAUAAGAGUCUGUGUGCAUUGAGUGAUGUGUUUUAUCUUAAGCCGGCAGCCUCGAUAGUGGCCUCAGCCGAACCUAUGGAAGUGCAUUAAGAUAAUUUUGGACUUUUCUGCUGGAAAGACAGACAGACUUUCAGCACUGAAGCCUAUGUGUACUGCAAGUUUAUAUUCACUGUAAAAUAUUUGCCAAUUUUUAUAAAUAUGAAGUUUGGAA